AUGUCGGGGUCCACGCAGCCCGUGGCACAGACGUGGAGGGCCACCGAGCCCCGUUACCCACCCCACGGCGUUUCCUACCCCGUGCAGAUCGCCCGGCCACACACGGACGUCGGGCUGCUUGAGUACCAGCACCACCCCCGUGACUACACCUCACACCUGUCGCCUGGCUCCAUCAUCCAGCCCCAGCGGAGGAGGCCCUCCCUGCUGUCCGAAUUUCAGCCUGGGAAUGAAAGGUCCCAGGAGCUUCACCUGAGAGCCGAGUCGCACUCAUACCUGCCUGAGCUGGGCAAGUCGGAGAUGGAAUUCCUGGAGAGCAAGCGCCCUCGCCUGGAGCUGCUGCCUGACCCCCUGCUGCGGCCCUCGCCCCUGUUGGCCGCUGGCCAGCCCGGGGGCUCCGAGGACCUGUCCAAGGACCGCAGCCUGACAGGCAAGCUGGAGCCGGUGUCUCCUCCCAGCCCCCCACAUGCCGACCCGGAGCUGGAGCUGGUACCUCCACGGCUCUCCAAGGAGGAGCUGAUCCAGAAUAUGGAUCGGGUGGACCGCGAGAUCACCAUGGUAGAGCAGCAGAUCUCCAAGCUGAAGAAGAAACAGCAACAGCUGGAGGAGGAGGCCGCCAAGCCACCGGAGCCCGAGAAGCCCGUGUCACCACCACCCAUUGAGUCAAAGCAUCGCAGUCUGGUGCAGAUCAUCUACGACGAGAACCGGAAGAAGGCCGAGGCUGCACAUCGGAUUCUGGAAGGCCUGGGGCCCCAGGUGGAGCUGCCAUUGUACAACCAGCCCUCCGACACCAGGCAGUAUCAUGAGAACAUCAAAAUAAACCAGGCGAUGCGGAAAAAGUUAAUCUUGUACUUCAAGAGGAGGAAUCACGCCCGGAAACAAUGGGAGCAGAAGUUCUGCCAGCGCUAUGACCAGCUCAUGGAGGCCUGGGAGAAAAAGGUGGAGCGCAUUGAGAACAACCCCCGGCGGCGGGCCAAGGAGAGCAAGGUGCGCGAGUACUACGAGAAGCAGUUCCCCGAGAUCCGCAAGCAGCGGGAGCUGCAGGAGCGCAUGCAGAGCAGGGUGGGCCAGCGGGGCAGCGGGCUCUCCAUGUCAGCCGCCCGCAGUGAGCACGAGGUGUCCGAGAUCAUCGAUGGCCUCUCGGAGCAGGAGAACCUGGAGAAGCAGAUGCGCCAGCUGGCCGUGAUCCCACCGAUGCUGUACGACGCCGACCAGCAGCGAAUCAAGUUCAUCAACAUGAAUGGGCUCAUGGACGACCCCAUGAAAGUGUACAAAGACCGCCAGGUCAUGAACUUGUGGAGCGAGCAGGAGAAGGAGACCUUCCGGGAGAAAUUCAUGCAGCACCCCAAGAACUUCGGCCUGAUCGCAUCGUUCCUGGAGAGGAAGACGGUGGCUGAGUGUGUCCUCUAUUACUACCUGACCAAGAAGAAUGAGAACUACAAGAGCCUGGUGAGGCGCAGCUACCGGCGCCGCGGCAAGGGCCAGCAGCAGCAGCAGCAGCAGCAGCAGCAGCAACAGCAGCAGCAGCAGCAGCAGAUGCCCCGCAGCGGCCAGGAGGAGGACAAGGACAAGGAGGCCGAGAAGGAGGCCGAGAAGCCAGACGUGGAGGACGGCAAGGAGGAGCUGAUCAAGGAGAAGACGGAUGACACCUCUGGGGAAGACAACGAUGAGAAGGAGGCGGUGGCCUCCAAAGGCCGCAAAACCGCCAACAGCCAGGGAAGACGCAAAGGCCGCAUCACCCGCUCGAUGGCCAAUGAGGCCAACAGCGAGGAGGCCAUCACCCCGCAGCAGAGCGCCGAGCUGGCUUCCAUGGAGAUGAACGAGAGUUCUCGCUGGACCGAAGAAGAGAUGGAAACAGCCAAGAAAGGUCUCCUGGAGCACGGCCGGAACUGGUCGGCCAUCGCGCGGAUGGUGGGCUCCAAGACGGUGUCCCAGUGUAAGAACUUCUACUUUAACUACAAGAAGAGGCAGAACCUGGAUGAGAUCCUGCAGCAGCACAAGCUGAAGAUGGAGAAGGAGAGGAACGCACGGAGGAAGAAAAAGAAAGCGCCGGCAGCUGCCAGUGAGGAGGCUGCCUUCCCGCCCGUGGUGGAGGAUGAGGAGAUGGAGGCGUCAGGCGUGAGCGGGAACGAGGAGGAGAUGGCGGAGGAGGCAGAAGCCUUACACGCCUCUGGGAACGAGGUACCCAGAGGGGAAUGCAGUGGCCCAGCCACCGUCAACAACAGCUCCGACACCGAGAGCAUCCCGUCGCCCCGCACCGAGGCCGCCAAGGACACCGCGCAGAGCGGGCCCAAGCCCCCGCCCACCCCGAGCGCCGAUGCGCAACCUCCUGAGCCCCCCAGCCCGCCUCCUGAGGACGCUCCGGCCCCCAGCGAGCCCGCCCCGGCCCCCGAAGCCACCUGCCCCCCCGCGUCCCCGCCGGCGCCCGCCUCGCCUGCCGCGGCCCCUGCCGUGGUCCCCAAGGAGGAGGAGGAGGAAGAGGCCGCAGCCGCCCCCUCGGCCGAAGAGGGAGAGGAGCAGAAGCCGCCUGCGGCCCAAGAGCUGGCAGCCGACGUGGGCGAGGCAGGGGAGCCCGGCGAGGCGCCCCCCUCGGAGCCCAUCAGGAGCGAGCGCGAGGAGGAGGCCGCUGAGGAGGGGCCCGACAAGGCCAAGGGGGGCGCGGAGGCCGCAGCCGAGGCCGCAGCCGAGGGGGCGCCCAAGCUGGAGAAGGAGGCCGGCGGCCCUGGGGUUAAAGGCCCUGCGGCCAAGGGCCCGGGCGCCCCCCAGGACAGCGACUCCAGCGCCACCUGCAGCGCUGACGAGGUCGACGAGCCCGAGGGCAGCGACAAGAACAGGCUCCUGUCGCCACGGCCCAGCCUCCUCACUGCGACCAGCGACGCCAGGACCAACGCCUCGCCCCAGAAGCCGCUGGACCUGAAGCAGCUGAAGCAGCGGGCGGCCGCCAUCCCCCCGAUUCAGGUCACCAAAGCCCAUGAGCCCCCCCGGGAAGACGCGGCACCCCCUGUUCCUCCGCCACCGCAGCACGUGCAGCCGGAGAGCGACAGCCCCCAGCAGCCCAGCAGCAGCCCUCGAGGCAAAAGCAGGAGCCCUGUGCCUCCUGCUGAGAAGGAGGAGAAGCCCGUGUUCUUCCCGGCCUUUGCGGCUGAGGGCCAGAAGCUGCCCACGGAUCCCUCGUGUUGGACGUCAGGCCUGCCCUUCCCUGUGCCCCCUCGCGAGGUGAUCAAGGCCUCUCCGCACGCCCCUGACCCCUUGGCCUUCUCCUACGCCCCGCCUGGUCACCCGCUGCCCCUGGGCCUCCAUGACAGCGCCCGGCCCGUCCUACCACGCCCACCCACCAUCUCCAACCCGCCGCCCCUCAUCUCCACCAAGCACCCCAGCGUCCUUGAGAGGCAAAUGGGUGCCAUCUCCCAGGGAAUGUCUGUGCAGCUGCACGUCCCGUACUCAGAGCACGCCAAGGCCCCCGUGGGCCCCAUCACCAUGGGGCUGCCCCUCACCAUGGACCCCAAGAAGCUGGCGCCCUUCAGCGGAGUGAAGCAGGAACAGCUGUCCCCACGGGGCCAGGCUGGGCCGCCGGAGAGCCUGGGGGUGCCUGCAGCUCAGGAGACGUCCGUGCUGAGAGGGACGUCUCUGGGCUCGGUUCCAGGAGGAAGCAUCACCAAGGGCAUCCCCAGCACGCGGGUGCCUUCCGAGAGCCCCAUCACGUACCGCGGCUCCAUCACGCAUGGCACUCCAGCCGACGUCCUGUACAAGGGCACCAUCACCAGGAUCAUCGGUGAGGACAGCCCAAGCCGCCUGGACCGCAGCCGGGAGGACGGCCUGCCCAAGGGCCACGUCAUCUACGAGGGCAAGAAGGGCCACGUGCUGUCCUACGAGGGUGGCAUGUCCGUGUCCCAGUGCUCCAAGGAGGAUGGCAGGAGCAACUCAGGACCUCCCCACGAGACGGCCGCCCCCAAGCGCACCUAUGACAUGAUGGAGGGCCGUGUCAGCAGGGCCAUCUCCUCAGCCAGCAUCGAAGGUCUCAUGGGCCGCGCCAUCCCGCCUGAGCGACACAGCCCCCACCAUCUCAAAGAACAGCACCACGUCCGAGGCUCCAUCACGCAAGGGAUCCCACGAUCCUACGUGGAGGCCCAGGAAGACUACCAGCGUCGGGAGGCCAAGCUCCUGAAGCGUGAGGGCACGCCGCCCCCGCCACCCCCGCCCCCACGGGACCUGGCCGAGGCCUACAAGGCCCGGCCCUUGGAGGCCCUGGGCCCCCUGAAGCUGAAGCCUGCCCACGAGGGCCUGGUGGCGACAGUGAAGGAGGCCGGCCGCUCCAUCCAUGAGAUUCCACGGGAGGAGCUGCGGCGCACGCCUGACCUGCCCCUGGCCCCGCGGCCGCUCAAGGAGGGCUCCAUCACGCAGGGCACCCCGCUCAAGUAUGACACCAGCACGUCCUCCACCGGCUCCAAAAAGCACGACGUGCGCUCCAUCAUCGGCAGCCCCGGCCGGACGUUCCCGGCGGUGCACCCGUUGGACGUGAUGGCCGACACCCGGGCGCUGGAGCGCGCCUGCUACGAGGAGAGUCUGAAGAGCCGGCCGGGCGCUGUCAGCAGCUCGGGGGGCUCCAUCACCCGGGGGGCCCCGGUCAUCGUGCCUGAGCUGGGCAAGCCACGGCAGAGCCCCCUGACCUACGAGGACCACGCGGCGCCCUUCACCAGCCACCUACCCCGCGGAUCACCGGUGACCACACGGGAGCCAACCCCGCGCCUGCAGGAGGGCAGCCUCUCGUCCAGCAAGGCGUCCCAGGAUCGGAAGCUGACGUCCACGCCCCGUGAGAUUGCCAAGUCCCCGCACGGCACCGUGCCUGAGCAUCACCCCCACCCCAUGUCGCCCUACGAGCACCUGCUCCGGGGCGUGAGUGGCGUGGACCUGUACCGCGGCCACAUCCCGCUGGCCUUUGACCCCACCUCCAUACCCCGUGGGAUCCCUCUGGAUGCAGCCGCUGCCUAUUACCUGCCCCGGCACCUGGCCCCCAACCCCACCUACCCACACCUGUACCCGCCUUACCUCAUCCGCGGCUACCCCGACACGGCGGCACUGGAGAACCGCCAGACAAUCAUCAACGACUACAUCACCUCGCAGCAGAUGCACCACAACGCGGCCACCGCCAUGGCCCAGCGAGCUGACAUGCUGAGGGGCCUGUCGCCCCGCGAGUCCUCGUUGGCGCUCAACUACGCCGCCGGCCCGCGAGGCAUCAUCGACCUGUCCCAAGUGCCACACCUGCCUGUGCUGGUGCCCCCGACACCAGGCACUCCAGCCACCGCCAUGGACCGCCUAGCCUACCUCCCCACGGCACCGCAGCACUUCAGCAGCCGGCUCAGCAGCUCCCCGCUCUCCCCAGGAGGCCCCACCCACCUGACAAAACCCACGGCCACGUCCUCGUCCGAGAGGGAGCGGGAACGGGAGAAGUCCAUCCUCGCGUCCACCACCACGGUGGAGCAUGCGCCCAUCUGGAGGCCUGGUACGGAGCAGAGUGGCGGUGGCGGCGGCGGCGGCGGCGGCGGCGGCAGCGAGGGAUGCGGGAAUCGCGGAGCCCCGGCCCGGGCGCGGCCGAGGCCCAGCGUGCUGCACAACACGGGCAUGAAGAGCAUUAUCACCUCCGUGGAGCCCAGCACGCCCACGGUCCUGAGGUCCACCUCCACCUCCUCGCCUGUCCGCCCGGCCGCCACAUUCCCACCCACCACCCACUGCCCACUGGGUGGCACCCUCGACGGGGUCUACCCCACCCUCCUGGAGCCUGUCUUGCUGCCUAAGGAGGCCCCGCGGGUCACCCGGCCCGAGCGGCCCCGAGCAGACGCCGGCCACACCUUCCUCGCCAAGCCCCCAGCCCGCGCGGGGCUGGAGCCCGCGUCCUCCCCCGGCAAGGGCUCCGAGCCCCGGCCCCUGGCGCCGCCUGGCUCCGGCCACGCAGCCAUCGCCCGCGCCCCGGCGAAGGGCCUCACGCCCCACCACGCCAGCCCGGACCAGCCAGCGCCGCCCGCCUCGGCCUCGGACCUGCACCGGGAAAAGACUCAAAGUAAACCCUUUUCCAUCCAGGAAUUGGAACUCCGUUCUCUGGGUUACCACGGUGGCGGCUACAGCCCUGAUGGGGUGGAGCCCGUCAGCCCCGUGAGCUCACCCAGCCUGACCCAUGACAAGGGGCUCCCCAAGCACCUGGAGGAACUCGACAAGAGCCACCUGGAAGGGGACCUGCGGCACAAGCAGCCAGGCCCGGGGAAGCUCAGCGGCGAGGCUGCACACCUCCCACACCUGCGGCCGCUGCCCGAGAGCCAGCCCUCGUCCAGCCCGCUGCUCCAGACCACCCCAGGGGUCAAAGGUCACCAGCGGGUGGUCACGCUGGCACAGCACAUCAGUGAGGUCAUCACGCAGGACUACACGCGGCACCACCCGCAGCAGCUCAGCGCGCCCCUCCCUGCCCCCCUUUACUCCUUCCCUGGAGCCAGCUGCCCUGUCCUGGACCUUCGCCGCCCACCCAGCGACCUCUACCUCCCAGCCCCGGACCAUGGCGCCCCGGCCCAUGGCUCACCCCACAGUGAAGGGGGCAAGAGGUCUCCAGAGCCAAGCAAGACGUCAGCCUUGGGCAGCAGUGAGGAUGGUAUAGAACCUGUGUCCCCGCCGGAGGGCAUGGCAGAGCCCGGGCAUCCCCGGAGCACCGUGUACCCGCUGCUGUACCGGCACGGGGAGCAGGUGGAGCCCAGCAGGAUGGGCUCCAAAUCCCCAGGCAACACCAGCCAGCCGCCGGCCUUCUUCAGCAAGCUGACCGAGAGCAACUCGGCCAUGGUCAAAUCUAAGAAACAGGAGAUCAACAAGAAACUAAACACCCACAACCGCAACGAGCCAGAAUACAAUAUUGGCCAGCCCGGGACGGAGAUCUUCAACAUGCCUGCCAUCACCGGAGCAGGCCUCAUGACCUGCAGAAGCCAGGCGGUGCAGGAGCAUGCCAGCACCAACAUGGGGCUGGAGGCCAUUAUUAGAAAGGCGCUCAUGGGUAAAUAUGAUCAGUGGGAGGAGCACCCGCUCAGCGCCAAUGCUUUUAACCCUCUGAAUGCCAGUGCCAGCCUGCCCGCUGCUAUGCCCGUAACCGCUGCUGACGGACGGAGGGAACACGCGCUCACCUCGCCAGGUGGUGGCGGGAAGGCCAAGGUCUCUGGCAGACCCAGCAGCCGAAAAGCCAAGUCCCCGGCCCCAGGCCUGGCAUCUGGGGACCGGCCACCCUCCGUCUCCUCAGUGCAUUCGGAGGGAGACUGCAACCGCCGGACCCCACUCACCAACCGCGUGUGGGAGGACCGGCCCUCGUCCGCAGGGUCCACACCGUUCCCCUACAACCCCCUGAUCAUGCGGCUGCAGGCGGGGGUCAUGGCCUCCCCGCCCCCGCCUGGCCUCCCCGCGGGCAGCGGGCCCCUCGCCGGCCCCCAUCACGCCUGGGACGAGGAGCCCAAGCCGCUGCUCUGCUCGCAGUACGAGACGCUCUCCGACAGCGAGUGAGGCUCAGAACGGGGUGGGCCGGCGAGCGGCCGGAGCAGCGGGCGGCUGCCGACUCCCCCACACCGAGGAAGGAGCCCCUGAGUCUGCCUGUGCUCCCGUCUGUCCGUCCGUCCGUCCAGAGCCGGCAUCCUUGCCUGUCUAAAGCCUUAACUACGACUCCCGCCCCGGCUGGCCCUGUGCAGUGACCUUACUCAGGGGAUGUUUACCUGGUGCUCGGGAGGGGAGGGGCCGGGGAGGGGGCACGGCAGGCGUGUGGCGGCCACGCGCGCACAGCCGGGGCGGCCAGGGACCCAAAGCAGGACGACCACGCACCUCCCACGCCACUGCCUCCCCACCUAACGCAUUUGGAACCAAAGUCUAAACUGAGCUAGCAGCCCCCGCACCCGCCCUCUGUCCCCAUCCCGCUUAGCACUCUGGACAGACGGACACAGGCCCUGUCCAGGCCCCAGCGCUCUUGUUCCAGUCCCCACGGGCUGCCCCAGCCGACGAGACCGCUGGAAACCAAGUCAGGCCAGAUGGGCGGGCGACAGGGCCGGGUGCGGCCUGGGGUGAGCAGCUGCUCCGAGGAACUGGACUGUUUUUUUCAUACAUCGUUGCCGCAGCGGUGGGAAGGAAAGGCAGGUGUAAAUGAUAUAUUGGUUUACAGGGUAUAUUUUUGAUACCUUCAAUGAAUUAAUUCAGAUGUUUUAAGCAAGGAAGGACUUACCCAGUAUUAUUGCUGCUGUGCUUUCGAUCUCUGCUUACCGUUCAAGAGGCGUGCGCAGGCCAACAGUCGGUGACCCCAUAGUCCGCAGGACCGAGGUGGGGCAGGGGCUGCCAGCUCUCGAGCCCCCCUGCGUCCUCCCUCCCUCCCUUCCUUGGGCAGAAUGAAUUUGAAGGGGUUUCUGUGACCGCCAUCUGCGCACGGCGGUGGCGUCCUGUCAUUUACACACGUUCUUCUCAUUAAAAAGCGAAUUAUACUC